AUGGGAAAGCCAAAUACAAUAUUUGACUUUUUCAAAAGAAAAAAUACACAAAGUUCAAAUGCCAAUGUUGGUGAUGCAUCUUCGCCAACUUCUGAUAUCGUAAUUUCUGAAAAUUCUUCUAAAAAAUCUCGAAGAGUUGACGUCAAUGAAUUUAAUAUUAGUUCAUUGGAGUUUGAUCCUGGAUUGCGUCGUCAGAUAUGGGAGUAUAAUGUUAAUCAACGGGAUGAAAUUCGACGAGCUUACAUUAAAGCUGGUCCGUACCAAUUUAUCCACCCAGACUACCCAAAAUCCGGAGAUCGAAAUCAUCUUCGUAUUUUUCAACCUUCGUGGUUCAAUCUAUUUCCUUCAUGGCUUGAAUAUUCGCGCGAAACAGAUGCAGCAUUUUGUCUACCAUGCUUUCUCUUUAAUAAGCCAUCUGGACAUCCUACGCAACGUGUUUUCACUAUAGAUGGAUUCAAGAAUUGGAAGAAAUUAAAAGCCUCGAUUGAUGUUGUUCGAGUGCUUGCAUUUCAAGGUGUUGCUUUUAGAGGUCGGGAUGAAAGUGUGGAUUCAACGAAUCGUGGAAAUUUUCUUGAAAUAUUGAAUUUAAUGGUUUCAUAUAAUGAACAGAUUGCUGAAGUGAUAGCUAAAGCUCCAAAAAAUGCCUCUUAUACAUCACCAAUGAUACAAAAAGAAAUUUUACAUAUUUUUUCAACCAGAGUGAAGGAGGCAAUUCGCAAAGAAAUUAGUAAUGCAAAGUUUUGCAUAAUGGUUGAUGAAGCUCGUGAUGAGUCAAUGAAAGAGCAAAUGGCUAUAGUUUUAAGAUUUGUCGACAAAGAUAGUUUUGUGCGGGAACCUUUUUUUGGGCUUGUUCAUGUCGCUAAUACUGCGGCACUAACCCUACAAAAGGGUAUAUAUUUUGUAUUGUCUCAACAUAAGUUAGCCAUUGAAAAUAUUCGAGGGCAAGGAUAUGACGGCGCAAGCAACAUGCGAGAAUUGCGGAUUUCUCAAACUGCUGAAAUUGCUUACCUGAUUGAAAUUAAUGAGAUUGAGAGUGGAAGGGGACUUAAUCAAAUUAGUACUUUACAACGGGCUGGAGAUACUCGUUGGAGUUCUCACUUGAGAUCAGUUUCUAGCUUGAUCAAAAUUUUUAGUCCAGUUUGUGAAGUUAUUCUUAAAAUCAUUGAUGUGGGAACUACUUCUUCCCAACGAGCAGAAGCAGAUCCAGUUUAUCAAGUAAUGACUUCAUUUGAAUUUGUUUUCAUCUUGCAUCUCAUGAAAGAAACGAUGCAGAUUACUGAUCAUCUAUGUCAAGAAUUGCAAUCAAAAUCUCAAGACAUUUUAAGUGCCAUGAAUCUUGUUUCAUUUACCAAAGCAUAUAUCCAACAAUAUAGAGAUGAUAAAUGGGAUGAUUUACUUACCAAUGUGAAGUCAUUUUGCGAGAAACGCAAUAUAGAUAUCCCAGAUAUGAAUGCCCGUUAUGUUGAGAGGCGAGAUUCUCAAUUGCAAGAAUUAAAUCGCCGAUUUAGUGAGCAUGCAGUGGAGUUGCUUAUUCUCAGCUCAGCUCUUGAUCCUCGAGCUGCACGUGAAUCUUUUAGAAUUGAUGAUAUUUGUCAGUUGGUAAACAAGUUUUAUCCUCAAGAUUUUACCGAUCUUGAAAAGGAACAGUUGGAAACAGAACUUAACCAUUAUAAGCAUAAUGUAGUCCUACAUUCGAGUUUUCAAGCAUUGUCAAAUAUUUCUGAAUUGUGCCAAUGGUUGGUUAGUACCGGAAAAUCAACUAUCUACCAACUUGUUUUUCGAGUUAUUGUACUUGUGCUUACUCUUCCCGUUUCUACCGCAACUACAGAACGAGCAUUUUCAGCCAUGAAUAUUGUCAAAACUAGGCUUCGCAACAAAAUUGAAGACGAGUUUCUGACGGAUUCUUUAAUGGUGUACAUUGAAAGAGAAAUUGCUGCAACAAUUAGCAUAGAUUCAAUCAUAGAUGAUUUUCGGGAUUUAAAAAAACGGCGGGUUCCAUUUUGA